CGCUAGAUUCGACGGCCACAUGGAUCGGUCAGCUGAGGGAGAGGGCCCGCUGACUGCGGUGGUUGCGUACUCGGAAGAGGUCGGGAAGCCGACGGAGGAUUGUUCGGCGGAGACUGGUGCAAUCGACGCUGUUCCAUCAAAUGUCACCCGAAGGCGCUAAAUCUGGCUAGGUAAAGAAGAAACGGGACGAUGAAGAGAGUAAUGGCGAACACAAGGAUGCGGAAGGUAGAGACGAAGAGGACAACUGCAGAAGCAGCCAAGGAAACAAGAGGAAAGUAGCGCGCAAGGCAAAGUGGUCGAUUUGUCAUGGUAGAACUCCUAAGAAGUCAAAUGGGAGAUCAUCAGCUGAUUCUACACCAAAAAAGAACGGGAUCAUCAAGGAUACUGAUCUGACGGAGGAUAAGGAUGUAACUCCUCCAUCCAUGCCAAAUGUGCGAUUGGAGGCUAAAAUGGCUGAUGAGGAGUACUCCCAGAAGUAUUCUGGGAAGCUAUUGCACCCAUUUUCUCAUUAUGGAAAGAGAGUAAGAGACAUCAGGUGAUAGGCGAUGUCCUGAGAGGAUCUGACCAAGCUACCGCGCCACCUAUUCAUGUGUUUGAAAGGGAUGAGGAUGGUGCUGCCUUUCUAGAUUGGACGAACUGGGAACUUCAUGAGAAACCCUUUUGCGGAUAGUGCAUAUAAGUUGCUGAUAAUAAUGUUUCUGUAGAUCGACAUCUUCUUCAAGGAGAACUUUUGAAUGAAGAGUCUGCAAUUGUAUCCUCUAAUUCAUCAGAUGUGCACGGCAUCUGCUGUCAGCUCAUAACUGACAUGACAACUGACUGCAAGCCUGAUGAAUCUGGUCUUUUUGGUGCACAAGUAAUGGUUGAAAAUGUAGAGGAAACAGGUGUUUUGCAGCACGAGAGGGGGAGAGCAGACUGUCUUAAUGGUGAAAGUCAGGUCGAUAAUAGAUUAUGGACUGACAAAUACCAGCCAAAGAUCGCCAGAGAGUGGGAAAUCUGCAGCCAUUUAUGCAUGUGCAAAGGAGCAGGGUUACAAAACUUGGAGGUCAGUACAUCAGAAUGUCGAAAUGGCACUGGUGUGAGGCGUAGGUUUGGCGAGGCGUUGGGGUCACAAUUCUUUAAAAGGUCAGUAGAGAGUCCUGUGAAGCCACUAGGAGGCUUCAUGAAAUUCUCCUUUACCCCUCUAGAUUAUGAAGUGAUGCAAGAGCACGAGAACAAACUCAUUGACUUCGAAUCUAAAGCAGACAAGCAUAACAUUCAUGGACUCACUGAAACCUGUGGGAAGUCUGACAACAAAACUAAAACAUCGAUUCUCUUUGAGGAUGUUGAUGUUAUCUUCCCGCAAGAUUCUGGUUUUAUUUCUGCUAUCCAGAACAUUGCUGACAAUGCAAAAGGCCCUGUUGUAUUAACCAGCAACAGUGACAAUCCUGUCCUUCCUGAAAAAUUGGAUAGGCUUUAUGUGAAUUUUAAGAUGCCUGCCCACAAGGAUCUUCUUCAGCAUGUCUACAAGGUUUUUUCUUCAGAAAAGUCUUAUUCCGAACCUCAUGUCAUAGAGAAAAUAGUUGAAUGUUGUCAUGGAGAUAUCAGGAAGGUAAUUAUGCAUGCCCAGUUUUGGUGCCAGGGUAAACAAUUCAGGGAAACAGGCACUCCAAAAUUGCAAGGAUCGUUGAUCUUUUCUCCCGAGCCUGCUCAUCAAUUACUGCCAAAGAUGAUUCCCUGGGAUUGUCCUUCUCAGUUUUCUGAGUUGAUUGAGAAAGAGAUCACAAGGUCAUUAUUGCAGUCGGAAGAAAAUUAUCUUGCUGUGAGGACCACAGAGGUAAAAUCAGAAGUGAUGCAUGAUGGUUUGGUGACAUGUGGAUUUAGAAAGGACAGUACAGAGGCCAGGAAGAAAGCGAUGCUCGAUAGGAGUUGCCUUGAAUUUGAUCACGAUGCUUUUGUUACCUCAACAAGUCCAGUUACAUUUGUCAGGCUAAACUGUAGAAGAAAGCUUGAUCAUGUAGUCUCUUCAGAUUCCGAAGAUGAUACUCAAAAUUUUAUAACACUAGGUGAAAUUCCCAGUGAUGACAUGAGCAGGAAAAACUAUUUAAGCAGACAAGCUGACUUUGAAUCGAGUUUAAGAGCAGAGGAAUUGAAGGAAAACUGUUACCAGUAUUCAGAAAAUGCAGUAGAUUUACACUCGAAUCAAAUCUGCCAAGCAAUUGAUAUCUCAUGUGUUCCGCAGUCAUCGUUUGUUCCAGAGACCAAAAUUGAUGAUGAAACAAGGUUGUCAGUUGAUUAAGUGACUUCUACUUUGGAAGAAGUGUCAGUGACCAAUGGGUUUGAUAUCUCAAUCUAUCCCCAGUGGAGGAAGAUCUUGAUGACUGCAUAUCUGAAUCAUACAGAGUUUCUGAAAUUUUGGAAAGCAAUUGCGAUCUACUGUUGCCGACCUCGUCACAUCAGGAGAUUGAAGAUUCACAAACUGAUUUUAUGGGAGUUGUUGCUGGAGAGUACCAAUUGAUGGACGAGUGUAGCCGAAUUGAUUUCAAUAAGAAAUGCCCAAUGGCAGCAGCACAACUUGGAUGGUUGGAUGAAGCUGAUAUGGUUCGAGAGACCUGGAGAAAACUUCGUCACCGGUAUUCAGAUCUAAAACAUUUCUCUGUAUCAGAAGAUGAAAAUGCUUCAGGAAUCGUCAGGCUUGCAUGUGCAAUGAGCAAUCAUGUUUUAGACGCUGAGAUGCUGUUUUCAGAGUGCUAUUUGCCUGGUUCCUCGGAGCUCUUUACUGCUCUUUCCGAGGUAUCAGAAACAUUCAGCUGGCAUGCUAGGCAGCGAGAGAUGGUGUCGAACAUUGUGCAGCAUGGCUUUGGCUGCUAUGUCGAUGACAUUAACGGUUUGAGGUUGAAAAUGGGUUCUCAUGACAAAGUAAAUUUGACUUGGGCAAUGUUGUCUAUCGGCAGCAUGGUGGAAGCUGAUUCCUCCUCUAUGUUCCAAGAUCCAAGUGAGAGAGUGAUAGCACAUAGUGAACCCGAUAGAACGAGUAGCCUGUCUGGAGGUGGAGGAUUGGCAAAGAGGGCGAACCAGUCUCAUAUCUUGGACAUAGUUCGUUUCGUUGUCCCCUCACGAUCAUAUUCUACGAUCAAAGGUGAAUCAUUUCAGGAGUAUCUUUCCGCACUGAGCCACAUAUCAAGAUCAGAAGCUUCUCGUUUAUCAGAACAAGGCAACAGUGUAGCAAGAAGACGGAGGACGCGGGCAUCUCAGCAUUUACUUGAGUAGCGGCUUAUAAUCCCUAUCUCCUGAUCAGAUCUCGUUGUUGGACAAGUGCAACACCUACAAACAUGCUUCUGCACAGAAUCGCACUGAUACUAGAUAAAAGAGUUGCAUAACAUUGUUAUCAAAGUAAACUUCACUAACUUGAGAUAGUCAAGAGUCUUCAAUGCUGCAGUGCCCUUAUACUCCAACAGGGGUUAAUUGCAAGGUUGGUCACUGAGAUUACUAAAAACGUUCAUAUUUGGUCACUAAAAAUAUUUAAUUUCAUUGGUGGUCACUAACUUUAG